CACCACUUCCUCCACCGAUCUUCCUCUCUGAAAAUUUCCCUCGACUCCGAUUUUUCCUCAGUUAGGGUUAGGGUUUGUUUCCAAAGAUGGAUGAGUAUCAAGAGAUGGAGAGCUUUGGCGUGGACAACGACUUCGAAGACGGUCAAUGGAUCAACGGCGAAUUCUACUACCGUAAGCGCAAGGACAAGCGCCACCAGACCAAAGACGACGUCCUCUAUGGUGUAUUCGCCGACUCCGAUUCCGACGACUCUUCCUCUACCAAGAAGCGCCGUAAGGACCUCUCCAACAAGACCGAUUUCACCAAGCCUGUCAAUUUCGUCUCCACCGGCGUCGUCAUACCCACUCAAGAAAUCGAACGUAAUUCCAGGGAGCAAGUCAACGAAGACGACGGCGGCGGCGGCGGCGACAGGCCCGGUUUGGGCCUCGGUUCUACCAAUUUCGGUUCAGGUAUAGGCUUUACUUCCAAUUCCGGUUCGUUUUCGAAAAAUGUUGGCAAUAACGAAGUAGAUGAACAUGAUAACGAUGAUGAUGGUUUCCUUCCCACUGCGUUCGGAAGGAAGAUUAAGGAGGGUGUCCAGCGGCGGGAGAGAGAGAGGGAGAAGUCGAAAUUAGUUAAGAAAUCUCAAGGAGGGAGAAGAGAGGCUGAAUUGGGGGAUGUCGGACGAUUUGAGAAGUUUACCAAAGGGAUUGGGAUGAAAUUGAUGGAGAAAAUGGGUUACACAGGAGGUGGUCUGGGGAAAAAUGAGCAAGGGAUUGUUGCUCCGAUUGAGGCUAAGUUACGACCCAAGAAUAUGGGGAUGGGUUUUAACGAUUACAAGGAGACGAAAUUGCCUGCAUUGCAAGAACCUGAGGAGAAGAAAUCGUUGCCUGGGACCACGCAGGCUGUGAAUAAGAGUAAAGGGAAGCUUUGGACGAAGCAAGCCAGCGGGAAGAAAAAGGACAGAUACAUUACAGCUGAGGAGUUGCUUGUGAAGAAGCAAGAGCAGGGUAUUGAAGUUGUUCAGAAGGUGUUUGACAUGAGGGGGCCCCAGGUUCGCGUUUUGACGAAUCUGGAGGAUUUGAAUGCUGAGGAGAAAGCCAGGGAAAAUGAUAUACCAAUGCCUGAACUUCAGCAUAAUGUGAAGUUGAUUGUGAACUUAGCUGAGCUUGAUAUACAGAAGUUGGACAGGGAUUUGAGGAAUGAGAGAGAGACAGUGGUGAGCUUGCAGAUGGAGAAGGAGAAGUUACAAAAAGAGGCAGCUCAUCAGAAGACACAGUUGGAUAAUACAGAACAAAUAGUUAGUGUAUUGGACAUAAUAAGUGAGGAGAAUUCAGUAGGAAAAUUGACAUUGGAUUCACUUGCAAAGUAUUUUGGUGAUUUACGAAGGAGAUUUGCCGAAGAUUACAAACUUUGUAAUCUGUCAUGCAUUGCUUGCUCAUUUGCUCUCCCUUUACUUAUUAGAGUGUUCCAGGGAUGGGAUCCCCUUCAAAAUCCAUUGCAUGGCUUGGAAGUGAUGUCCUCAUGGAAAAAUCUAUUGCAAGGAGGGGACGAUAUUUUUGAUCUCUCUGAUGUGGGAUCACCUUAUACACAGUUGGUUAUGGAAGUUGUUUUACCUGCUGUAAGAAUAUCUGGAAUCAACACUUGGCAAGCCAGGGACCCUGAACCGAUGCUUCGCUUUUUGGAGUCAUGGGAAAAAUUGCUUCCUUCCUCAGUCCUUCAAACCAUGCUCGACAACAUUGUUUUGCCUAAAUUAUCUUCUGCUGUAGAUGUGUGGGACCCACGUAGGGAAACCGUUCCAAUCCAUGUUUGGGUGCAUCCAUGGCUACCACUGUUGGGUCAGAAGUUGGAGAGUUUAUAUUGGAAGAUAUGUGAUAAAUUGGGCAAUGCUCUUCAAGCAUGGCAUCCUAGUGAUGGGUCUGCUUACACUAUCCUGUCACCUUGGAAGACAGUUUUUGACUCUACAAGUUGGGAGAGACUUAUGGUUCGAUCAAUAAUUCCGAAAUUGAUGAAUGUACUGCAAGAAUUUCAAGUAAACCCAGCAAGUCAGAACCUCGAUCAGUUCCAUUGGGUCAUGUCUUGGGCUUCUGUAAUUCCAAUUCAUCGCAUGGUUGAAUUGUUGGAACUUCAUUUCUUCCCAAAGUGGCAGCAGGUUUUGUACCAUUGGUUGUGUUCAGGCCCAAACUUUGAAGAGGUUACACAAUGGUAUUUGGGUUGGAAGGGACUCUUGCCCCAAGAACUUCUUGCGAAUGAACAGAUCCGCUAUCAGCUUAAUAUUGGUCUUGACAUGAUGAACCAGGCUGUUGAAGGUAUGGAGGUGGUCCAACCUGGUUUGCGAGAGAACAUUAGCUAUCUUCGGGUGCUUGAACAACGGCAGUUUGAGGCUCAGCAGAAAGCAGCUGCAGAUGCUCGACUGCAAGCUGCCGCGAGUCUGGGUGGCACCACCCAGAUGGAUGGCAUUGGAGGUGUGCUUGAGAUGAGUUUGAAAGAAGUUAUCGAGGCACAUGCACAACAGCAUGAAUUGCUGUUUAAGCCUAAACCUGGCAGAAUGUAUAAUGGUCACCAGAUAUAUGGCUUUGGUAACAUAAGCAUAAUAGUGGACUCUCUAAAUCAAAAGGUAUUUGCCCAACAUGAAGAGAGAUGGUCCUUGGUAACCCUGGAGCAGCUGCUGGAGAUGCACAAGAAUUCUAUUUUGAAGUGACACAGAGUUUAGGUGUUUUUUUGAAGAGUUCUUGGAUGCAAAGUGGCUCUAGGGUGGCACUGUGGCAGCAUUUCAGCUGUUGGGCUAUUGUUGCAGUCCUUUGGCUGUGCUGUAUGGGAUUUCAAUUCAAGCAUUAAACAGUUAAUUGGACACUUGGGGCACCUGUAGCUGUGACAAUUUUGGAAAGACUGCUAUAAGGUAAUGCAGAAAAUUCUCUAUGAGUGUAGUUUGGUAAGGUACCCCAAUCCAAAAUCAAUAUUUAAGUACUCAAAAAAUUUUAAACCAUAAUUCACACAAGUUGGGAUUGUUGAUAUCUUUGUUGAGUUUCUUGCCAUUUGUCAGUUGUCAGUACUAAAUCUUACUAAUCACUUUCAUAUCAUAUUGAUUAGUACAUUACUUGACUUGAAAAUGAAUCACAUAUAAUCAUUAUGAUCAUUUGAUUCUGGUCAAAUUAUCUUCAUGGUGCCCAAAUUUGUAUAUCUUUGCUGUUAUAAACUAUAAUUGGCUGUAAUAGCAUGGUAACAAAAAUUCAAGUGGUCGUAAGAGCAGCAGUUACUGGUUGAUUUCAGCUACAAAAUUCCUGUUGUGCGUUAAAAACAUAAGAUAUUAAUAACUUAAAAGUAGAAAACUCCAACAACUGUAAUUUGACUCAACAAAUUCUUUUAUACCAACUAGCACACUUCAAUUAUAUGAAUCUUGUUAUUUAUUUUCCUCAAUCUAAUAUCGAGUCUUAUAUCCAAAUGUAAUGUAGUUGUAGUAGUAUUGGUUGUGAGUGUAUAUUUUGUUUGUGGGUGUGUGUGAAGUUAUGAAUGAAUGAUACAUUUUUCUUGGACUGCUGUUUUUUAGGCGCUUGUUUAUAUUAUUCUUAUUUCCUAUAAAAAAAAAAGUUAUGAAUGUCUGAUAUAUUUGUCCAUACUUAAAAGAACUGAUCUACUUUAGAAAUGUUUUAGUUCCUAUACAAGAUACACUAGUCCCUCAGCAUUCUGAGAGUGCUCAGGCUAGUGUGUCCAAACAUUUUAUCCAUAUGCCUGCAGUAAUCUACUACUGGCAUCCGCCUUUGUCUCAAAUAUAUAAAUUGCAACCUUGGCUGGCUCUGUGGUUGGCUUCUUUUUAAGGGCAUGGCAAAUUUAUCACAAACAUUUUUGAAGGCAAUUGUUCUAAUCUUUUCAAUUUGGACCUAUCUAUUUUCACUAGUCAGCUACUAAUACUGUGUUCCUUGCAAUUCAUACAUUAGAAAUUAGAAGCUGUUGAUUUUUGCUUCUACCCUCUCUAUGAAGGAUUGCAAAUGAUGGUGAUUAGUAAAAUAACAUCUGGUAUUUGAAUUGUGUUGGUAAUUACAUAAGAUUGCACAGUGAUGGAGGCCUCCAAAAGAAUCUGGAUCAAAUCAUGAAAAUCAUAGUAUGUGAAAUGUUGAAGAUGGUGCAGAGAUGAAGCUCCUUAAUAUAUAUGAAAUAGUUUUGUUUAUAUGCUAUGAAUUAUACACGAAAUUUCAUUUCAAAUAAUAGAAAGUUGCAAACAGCUUUGAUCAUUGAAAUUUGUAUCUUGCUUAUGGAUUUUCUCAUGAAUCCCAGGAGAACAUGCAAUUAUCUUAAUUAUGUCACUUUUAAGUUUGAAUGACUUUUGGUAGUUCUUGAGAAUGGGAAUGUUUUCUUUUUCCUUCGUCUGAAUGCAAAUAACCUUUUUUAUAAAUAAAAAUUUUAACUACAUGCUGAUCCAGUAGGGUGUGUGUAGUUUUUCUUGAUAAUUCCAAAUUGUCCCUUCAUGACUAAAUUCAUUUAGUUGCAUGUGAAAAUGAACAAGUUCCAGAUUUCAAUUGUCUGUAGUAUAUAUCAUCUGAUUAUUUUUUAAUUUCAUUUCUCAUGCAUGUAUCAAACCUUGAAACCCUUUUUCUAGUUUUCAAAGCUCAGACUAAUUCCUCUCUUCUGUUUUUGCACUUGAAAACCUUUGUAGUCAUGUGAACAGUUGCCAAUAUAAGCUGUUUGGAGUGAGUAGUUUUUUGUUUGCCCUUUCCCUAUUUUUUGGCCAUCUUUUGGUGGCCAUUGUAUAUAUAUGUAUACUUUGGUGCACUCUUUUUUAUGCUUUUUAUGCAUUUCUUGUUUACCUAUUAAAAAAAGAAAGAAAAAAAAAGCUGUUUGGAGCAGAGAAUUCAUAAUUUUUAGGACUUAAAAGUAUUUUAACAGUUGUUAUCAAGCUCGGAGCUCCAAAACAAUCCAAUGUCUUCUGGUUAAUGGAGCUGACUGAUUCUGAGCAUCCUAAAGUGGGAAUGAUAGUUAUUGAUUCCUAGUCUCCAUUUCUGUAAUUGGUCUGAAUCUCAUUUUCAUUUCCUCCACUCCUCAAAGCAUGGAGACCUCAGUUUAAUUAUGAUUGGCUUCAUGAUAAGUACCAUGCUUGCAAAUGUGGUUAAUCACUAUUGUAUUUCCUUAAUAUCAGUGAGUAGAUUAAUUAUAUGCUGCCCAUUUCCCCGAAAAGUGCAUCUAUGCUGAGUAGCCAUCCAUGUUCUUAAAAUUUGUGCUGCAAUUAUCAUUUGAGUUUCUUUCAGAAAUCAUUUUUCAUGAUUAUCUAUAGUUUAGAAGACAUUAGACCAAACUAAUCUCGAAAUUGUCCUCAAUCUCAUACCAUACACAUGGGGUGAGAAUAUCACAAAAUGCUCAUGAAACUUAGGAGGGUUGUUUUACAUUACACAUGACAUGUUGCAACAAAUUUCGUGUGCCCAGAAGAUGUUUUUAUCUGUAAAUAGAAUGUUGUUGCUGCUCCAAUACUUGAUUAAUUUCCUAGGGCAUGGAGCUUGAAUGUGAGAAUUGGAGGAAACAAAAUCGCUUGUGUUGCCCAUGCUGGAUGGUUGAGCAAAUGAUUUGGUUUUCUCCUAUUUCUCACCUUCAAUAUUUUUGUGAGCACAUUGGCUAUAGGUUAUUCAACAACUUGUAUCAACUUUUUAGUUGUCUAAUAAUGAUGUUGAUGCUGAUAUUGAUAUUGAUAUUAAUAUAGACACGAUCAGUGGAGGGUUGGAUGAGAUUAAUUUUUCUUUAGGAUGCAUUUUGUUUGUGACUAAAUUAGGAAAUGGAUACCAUAUUUGGAUGCUAGUUUGCAGGUAUCUUAAAAUAAGCCACUCCAUCAAUAAUUACUUUCCAAUCUUUGUUUCCUAUUGAGUAGCCAAUCGGAUCAAACAAAUAGAUUAGUAGAUUACUAGUUUAAUGUCCACAAACAAACUACUCUAUAAAACCAAACAACCAAACAAAAGUGAAUAAGAUGAAACAUGAUUCAGAUGCCCCAAUAUAUAAUACAUAAAAAUCAGAUAAAAUGUGAUUCACAUGCCCAAGAUAUGUAUAAUACAUAAAAAAAUUUUGCUCCAUCUUAUAAGCUCAUAAUCAGUGUGUUUUAACUCUUGCUAAGAAAGUUUUAAGGUCUUAGCCCUCACAUCAUCCUCUGUAGUUAUUCCUGAUUUGAAAAAUAAAUCGAUGUUGUUUUCCCUUUUGUUAUUAUAUACACUAACAUUUUAUGAUGUCUACCAUGAAACCAUACAAAAUCAAUAUUUCACCAGCAUGGCCUCCAUCCUGCCCUUCCGCGCUGCGUUUUUUAGUUUCUCCAAUGCAACAAGUCCAACUUGCCGUACCCUCUCUCUUGAUAACCCUAUGCUGAAGAGUUGACACAUACCAUUGUCAAAAGAGCUGGAUUCAGAAAGAAGAAAGUAGCUUUUCUGUGCACCAAACAGGUAAGUGCAGAUUUAACUAGUUGAUAAACAGACCUAGAGUUUGACUUUGAUAUUUAUAGACCAAGUUUGAAUCCAGUUUCUAGUUUAGCAAAUGAUACUAACCGUUUACUGAUGUCCUCCCAUGUGAGGCAUUCAUUAUCCAGACCAUAGUAAAGACGUAUAAUAUCUCUCUCCCGUUCCCCAAGCGUCGUGUUAAUCAGCUUGUUUACUUCAUCCUGAAAGCAUACAGUUCAGAAUGUAAAUACAGCUUUAGAAGUUGUUGCAUCCAUGUGUAAAGCUAAAUGGAAGCUAUAAUCUUAUCUUAAAAGGUGAGAAGUGCAAGUAAAUUCUCCCCUGGAUAUAAUCAUGGGAAUUUUCAUAUUUAUACGUCAUUGCAUUUCUAACUUAUCCUUUCAUUCUGUUAUUGCUAGUAGUACCUUGAGUGCCCACUCGUCUACACCAUGCCAGGGGUUGUUCUCAAGGCGAACAUCUGCAAUAUACUGAGAAGAUGAAGAUGGAAAAGCAGUCAAUACAAACCAGUAGCUCAAGGUAAUGCAAUGGUGAUUUCAAAAUCUGCAGUAAUAUUUACACUGUGAAGGGUUUCUCCAGGAAGACCAUUCAAAGAGGGGAAUGCUUCUCGAUCAAGUGAGAACACCUUACUGAUGGCCUGCAUACAACAUGAGAUUUGACGGUGAGCAUGGACAGAAAAAAGAAUGGGGAAAGGGGUAUGAAUGAUAGACGGAACGAUGCAGGAUUGAAAUGUUAUGUUGGGUACCUCAGUUGCGUUCCUAACUUUCUUCUGGGACAUGUUCAAGCAUUCGGCGAUUCUCUGAAAGUAGGAAGGGAAAAAGUGAGUAGAAACUGGAGAAGCAAUCUAGAAAUGUAAAGAAAAAAAGAAGCAUCAUCAUCUUGGUAACUAUACUUACAUCGAUGGAUGGAGUGAUUCCUUUCUCUUCGAGUCUAAUUUUGGCAUUGCGGAUUAAACUGAGUCUUUCAUGGAGAUGAGAAGGCAAUCUGAGGGUUCUUGAAUUCUCAACUAAUGCUCUGGAGACACCCUGAAAACAAGAGGAGAAAAAGAAACUUGAAGCUUGGAGUAAUGGAAGAGAGAAGAAAUGAGGGUUUUUGAGUAUCGCGUGUUGAUUACCUGGCGUAUCCACCAGUAGACAUAAGUGGAAAUUUUGAAGCCCUUGGAAGAAUCAAACUUCUCAAUGCCACGAAGGAGUCCGAUCAAGCCACCCUAUCAAAGAGAAAAGAGGGGAAUGAGAAACAAGGAUUACCAGAGAAUGAUCCAAAUGGGUAGAGUACCUGAACAAGGUCGGCCAUUUCAGCACCCAUGUUAUCAUAUCUUUGAGCAAUAGACAUGACUAAACGAACAUUGCUCAUGGCUAGUUUCUCUCUCGCCAAACUGCACUCUAUCAGUUUGGACUGCAACUCCGCCCUCGACAUCCUCAACGAUGCCGCCACUUGUUCAUCUGUUGGCUCGCUUCCUAUUCUUUCCUUCAGUCUACACCACCCAAAUUACCAUCAUUAACACCACCAUUCCCAUGCUAAGACCAUGUUUGGUUUUCGUGGGAAAUAAAUAUACAAAGGAAAUAAAAUUUUUUUCUUUUUUUCUUUUUUAUAUAAAAUUUGAGCGAAUUGUUAAAGAAUGUAUUUCAUCCAAUUUUCUUCAUUUUCUUGUA